AUGUUGCCGCCGAUAAGUACAUUCGCUGAACGGAUGCUACCAUCCUCGUCCCUCUUUCGCCAUCUCGUCCUUCGCCCCUACCUGUCUACGCCCACGGACUCGGGUCAGAGAUACACCACUCCUCAUACUCACAUUUCUCUCCACUGGUCCCUCACCGUGCCUGUUGACAACGCUGAGACUGCCAGGGCCGGUGGUCUGCAACACCUGGAGGCCGACAAUGGCCGUCAAGGCGCCACCACCAAGAAUGAAGUUGUGCAGUUCGUUCGCCACGACUCAGAAUAUGACAAUGCUCCUACACAAGAGGAGCUUCAUGGACCCAAUGCUCUUCGCCGAGUCGCCGUGCCCAUUCCAUGGUCAGUGUACACGGUCGCCUUUGUGGAGCUUUGCGAGCGUUUCUCCUACUACGGAACCCAGGUUGUUUACUCCAACUUUGUGAACCACUCUCUUCCACUCCCUGCGCCGAAUGGUCCGCCGGGAUCUCACCAUAACACUGGGGCUGGUGGUGGCUCCGACCAGGGUAUCUCUGGUGCUCUGGGUCAAGGUCCUCGGACCGCCAAUGGCAUCAAUACCUUCAACACCUUCUGGGUGUAUUGUGUGCCCCUUCUUGGAGCCUACAUGGCCGAUGAACACUGGGGAAGAUACAAGACCAUCUGCGUUCAUCACAACACCACCGCUUGCUAUGCCGUUUUUAUGCUCGGUCUGAUCAUCAUGGGAUUUGGGACUGGUAGUUUCAAACCCAAUAUCUCGCCUUUGAUCGUCGAACAAAUCGAUGUGACCAGAGCCUUUGUCAAGACGUUAUCCUCCGGAGAACGCGUGAUUGUAGAUCCGAUCAUCACGCAGAGCAGGAUAUAUCAUUACUUCUACCUCUUCAUCAACAUUGGCGCACUUGUUGGCCAAAUUGGCAUGGUCUACGCCGAGAAAUAUGUGGGGUUCUGGCUUUCGUUCCUACUCCCUCUCCUAGCCUUCCUAACGACUCCUUUUGUCAUGUGGUGGGGACGCAACCGCUAUCAGCAAAGACCACCAGCUGGAUCCGUCGUAACCAAGGCCGUCCGCUGCCUCGUCUACAGAAUGAAGGGUCGCUGGUCUUUCAACCCAGUCACCAUGUGGAAGCAUACCAGCAACGGUUCGAUUCGGGAAGCAGUGAAGCCUUCCAAUAUUCAGCCCUCUCAGCGGCCCGUGUGGAUGACGUUUGAUGAUGCUUGGGUGGACGAAGUCCGCCGUGGCUUUGCUGCCUGCGCGGUCUUCUGUUACUACCCGCUUUACUGGCUUGCAUACGGUCAACUGACCAACAACUUUACUGCUCAAGCAGGCACAAUGAAGCUGAACGGUGUGCCCAACGAUGUUGUCAACAACCUCGACCCUUUCGCCCUCAUUAUCUUCAUCCCCCUCUGCGACUCAUUCCUUUACCCUGGUCUGCGAAAAUUGGGCUUCAACUUCACUGCACUGAAAAAAAUUACUGCGGGCUUUUGGCUCGCGGCGGCAGCCAUGAUAUGGGCUGCAGUUGUUCAGUUUUACAUCUAUAAGAGAUCACCAUGCGGGUACCAGGCCAACAGCUGCUUCAAUGACGAUGGCUCUGUCAACCCGGCGCCUCUCAACGUCUGGAUUCAAACGGGUUGCUAUGUUCUCAUUGCCCUCUCCGAGAUCUUCGCGUCGAUCACAUCCCUGGAGCUAUCGCUCUCUUCACAAAUCUCGGCUGCUAUCGCCGAGGCUUUGAAUCGUCUUUCGGGUGAUCCGUUGCUUGUCUGGAACUACGGUGUGUUUGCUGUGGUUGCCUUUGUUGGUGGCUGCUUGUUCAUCUGGCAAUUCUGGUCGCUUGACCAGCAGAAGGAUGAACUCAACUUGUUUCCCGGGGGUUUUGUGGUGGCGCAAAAGGAUGUCGAGGAGGUCUCGAUCAGUGAGCCUCUACCGCAUACAAUUGACGAGAAGAAAUAA